CGGAAGUGUAUGGCGAUUUUGACGGUGUCACGAAAAAGGCCGAGACGACCGCUCUCAAAUUUCUCUCUGAGUUGAUGGUUUUUAAUAGUAUCUUAUUGAUGGCGUUAUCAAAGAAGAGUAUUUGUCUGAUUCAUUGAAGAUAUCGAAGGAAAUAUUUUUCAGUUGCAUUGUGCGGAGCAGCUUUUUGAUUGUGUGAAUCAUUUUCGAAGGAUUAGAUAGCGUGUUAUCAUUUUCUCAUAUACUAAAAGAGUAGCCGAAUAGUAUCGUAUAAUUCGGCAAAGUUAUAUUAGUCGAAGUUGGGAAUCGAGAAGGAAUUUUAGGAAUCAACAGAUCAAAAUGUCCACUACAUCACAAAAACAUCGGAACUUUGUAGCUGAGCCAAUGGGUGAUAAAUCUGUGACCGAGCUCGCUGGUGUUGGAGAAGUUCUAGGAAAGAGAUUAGAAGCUGCAGGUUUUGAUAAAGCAUAUGUAGUUCUGGGACAAUACUUAGUGUUAAAGAAAAAUAAGGAAUUGUUUCAAGAAUGGAUGAAGGAUGCGUGCUCAGCGAAUGCAAAACAGUCAACAGAUUGUUAUCAAUGCCUCACUGAUUGGUGUGAAGAAUUUUUGUAAAAUAAUCACGACAAAUUCGAUCUCAAUAUUCUUUUAAUAGUGCACAGCAUUAAGUAUAAAAUUUUAUAACAUACACAAAAUAUAAGAUAUAUUUUAGCAAUAUGACAUAUUUUAAAUAUUUCUUGCUUAUGACUAUGAACAAAUAUAAAAUGUAAAGUCUACUUUUUAAAGUUAAGAAUCGUCUUGUAUAUUGAAUUUUCAAUCCCAUUUGUUUCAUAGCACUUUAAAAACAUUAGUUUUGUAUUGUAUUCAUUUUGUGAUUAGCAAAUAGAAUUUUAAUAUCUCAUAUCUAUUGCUACAACAUAAUAAGAAAAUUCCGAAAUUUUUAUAUACUUGGAGGUAAACAUUAUUGAAAAAAAUUGUUAUACAAUAAUUAAUACAAAAAAUAUAAAAAAAAUAUGUAGUUUCGUUUAUAUAAAAAGCGUUGACAAGCCUAAAAUUGUAAACAAUAUGUAGACAGCGAAAUAAAAAUAAGUUCUAUUCUCUAAUAA